ACUAAAUGUAGCUCAACAGUCUGGUCAUUCAUUUAACUUGUGUUGUUCAGGGCACACAACUCCAGCAUUAACCAAAGAUGAUCCUGAUUGUUUUAUUGAGCGCUUUUGUUUUAGCUCAGGCUAGCGGUUCUUCUAUUCGAGAAUGUUCUCAGUUAUGUCAGCCCGCCAGUGGCAAGAGUACAGACACCUGCAUGUAUGGGCUCACCUGUGUGCAAGAUGGAUGCAACAGCUACUGCUCAUAUCCAGUGAGAAGUGAGAGACAGAUUGCGUGUCUACGCCCAUGUAACGAGGCUAGUGAGAUAAGACAGGUGGGAUCGUGUGCACCUGGUUAUGUGUGUGUCUGGGACUCCAUCUGUCACACCUGUAUUUCUGCAUCAGAUAUUCUAACAAAUUAAGUUAGCGCUGACGUUACAAAGUUCAAGAUCCCAACACCAUUAGUUUUCUGGUCAAGUGAAAGUGGUUUUAGAAAAAAAAAACCCAUUAAUUACACGCUUUAAACUCAA